AUGUUUCCUCCUCCUAAAAGUCGUGCUCAUCCUCCUCCUCCGAUACAAAUCAUCGUCCAAAACGUUUCGUAUUCGGUAAAAUUUCCGUUUCCCGAGCCGUACCCGUCGCAAAUCGUCAUGAUGGAAAAGAUCCUUUUCGCCUUGCGUGAAGGCACGAACGCUUUGUUAGAAUCACCAACCGGGACCGGGAAGACCGUGUGUUUACUCUGCGCGACUUUAGCGUUCGCCGAGCACGAGGAAAAACAACGAAUUAAACAAAAGAAUACGAAGAAGAAGAAUACGAAGAAAAGGAAAGAUACGGAGAAGGAGGAAAAGGAGGAAAAGGAGGAGGAUUUGGAGUUAAAGCGAACGAAGGGCGUGAAAGAGGAGUAUACAGGCGGGGAACCAUCGAAAGUAACCAUAGUCUACGUCUCUCGAACGCACAGUCAGUUACAACAAGUGAUUUCGGAAUUGAAAGCGACCGAGUACGCGCCGCGCUCGAGCGUCGUCGGCUCGCGGAAACAGUUGUGCGUCAACGAGUGGGUCGCGGAAGCGGCGAAGAAGAUGGGCGAUGGGAAUAAGAGAGGCGCGGAGAAGUUGUGUAAAAUCGCGUGCAAUAGCGGGAAGUGUGAUAAGAAGAGGAACGUUGGUACGCACAUGGAGCGAGUGUUUGGGAUUGACGUCGUGAAUGGGUGGUUCGCGAAUCAAUGGGGAGGGGAGUUUAACGGAGGAAGUCUCGGGUACGGAAGGACGACGAACCACCACGAUUUUGGUACGAAGGAAAGAGCGGGUUCGAUUUUAAGUCAACUACCAAACGAGGACGUUUUAAGUAGUAAAAGUAGUAAAAGCGGCGGCGGCGAUGGCGGCGGCGAUGACGACGGGAAAGGAAAGGGUUCAAUCAUGGACAUCGAAGAUUUGGUGAAAGAAGGGAAGAGAGCGAAUGGUCCGUGUCCGUAUUAUUUAGCGAGAGAGAUGACGAGAGGCGCGGAGAUAAUUUUCGCGCCGUAUUCGUACAUCUUAGACGCGGGAGUGCGAAAACGUGCAUUAGGUGACACCGUGAUGAAUUGGCACAAUUCGAUUGUUAUCUUUGACGAAGCGCACAACGCGGAAUCGGCGUGCGAAGAAGCCGCCUCGAGAGACUUGACUGCGGUGCACGUUGCGAACGCGAUUAAAGACGCCGACGCCGCGUUUCAGUAUUAUAGCAUGAUCGAGGAAAGCAUGGAGGGAUUAUCCAAAGAGGAAAAAAAAGAUUCGAAGAAAACAGGCACGUAUCCGACUCGAAGCGCGGGUGAUUAUUUGACCUUGCGUGGUAUCUUUGCGGCGUUGGAGAGAGAAAUUGCAAUCGUGUGCGCGCAAGAUCAAGAGCGAGUGAGGAAAGGCGAAACGUUACCUUCGUCGAGAGACGGGUGGUUCAUAUUUGAUCUUUUAGCGAAGGUGAACAUCAACAUGGAUACGUACGCGCAAAUGAUCGAAGUGUGCGAAGACGCGGCGAAUGUAGUAUCAAUGAGAGCUGAAGAAAUUGGCAAAGGCUCUGGCGCUGGUCUGGAAAGAGUCAAAGAUUUUCUCGACCGCGCGUUUGAAGCGAAACAAAAAGGUUUGAUCGAGUGUUAUCGCUCGCGCGUGGGACCUCCGGAGGAAGAGUUUAGCAGCACGUGGAAUAAGAAAAACGACGACGGAAGAGAAAACAAACGACUCGCGAAAGGACCGACGAUGUCUUUUUGGUGCAUGGUUCCAGGCGUCAUCGUGAACGAACUGUGCGAAUUGGGCGUCAAAUCGCUCUUGUUAGCCUCGGGGACGUUAUCGCCGAUGGAUUCGUUCGCCUCCGAGCUUCGCGCGCCGUUCCCGGUUCGGUUAGAGAAUCCGCACGUCAUCCCUCAAGAAAAUGUUUGGGCCGGCGCGUUUUUGAAAGGACCGUCGAAUGCGGUUUCUUUGAAUUCCAGCUAUCGCUUUCGAGAUACCGAACAGUAUAAGAAUGAGCUCGGGUUGUUAAUCCUGCGCGUCGCUCGCGUGACACCGGACGGCGUUUUGGUGUUCUUCCCGAGUUAUGGCGUCAUGGCAAAAUGCAUCGAAUUUUGGAAGACGAGAACGUCCAUCUGGAACGAUAUCGCGCGCACGACGAAGAAAACGUUGGUCGUGGAACCGAAAGAGAGCGAUGCGUUUUUAGAAGCGUUCGAGUCUUUCAACAAAGCGCUCGAACGUUCGAAAACGAACAGUUGGAGUAAAGUAGGCUUGACGAAUACUGACGGAAGCGCGAAGGACGACGAAACAGCCGUCACCUUAGCCGCGAAAGGUGGCGCUAUGUUCCUCGCCGUCUGCAGAGGAAAAGUCUCCGAAGGCAUCGAUUUUGCCGAUAAAGCGGGACGCGCGGUUAUUUUGACCGGCAUCCCCUACGCGCCGAAAGCCUCGGCGCGCGUUCGAUACAAGCGCGAAUUUCUCGACGCCGCCAUAAUGGUUCACAAACGAAACAACACGCAUCAAAGUUGCAACAUUACGAGCGGAGAACAGUGGUAUUCGCAAACCGCCAUGCGCGCGACGAACCAAGCGAUAGGACGCGUCAUCCGUCAUAAGGACGACUUUGGCGCGGUCAUCUUAGCGGACGAGCGAUUCGCGUAUCGAAAUCAUCAGAGUCAGUUAAGUUUAUGGCUUCGACCGGCGAUGCAAACGUUCGAUACGUUUGAAAGAGGCAUAGAAAGUUUAUCCGCGUUUUUUGAGCGGUGCGGGAACCCGAACAGCGCGCUCAUGCUCGCCGCGGCGGAGAAAUCGGCAAAGAAGAAGAAACGCAAAGGACCGCUCCUCCAACGCAAAAGCGAGAACGACAAAACGGCGGAUUUUGCAGGUCAACGGCAGAAAAAGAGCAGCAAUACUAACGGCGAACAACAACAACAACAACACCACGCUCGAAGAGAUACCAACUUUUCGAAGAAAUCUCGGGCUUCAGAUACCUCGCUACCGUUUGCGCUCAUGAACGCGUUGAAUAAUAAUAAUGAUGAUAAUACGAAUAAGAACGAGAACGAGGUGGACGAGGAAAAGGAGAGAAGAAACUUUUUAUUUAGCGGCGGCGGCGGCGGCGGCGGCGGCGGCGGUGGAGGUUCGUUAGCGUCCAGGUUACUCAAAUCCGGUGGCAAUAGAGACAACACGACAAAGCUUGCCGGCGGCGGCGUCGGUAAUAUUCGUGGUAGUGGAGCUCUCGGAAACGCCAACGUCGUCGAUAAGGCGAUGUUGGCGAAACAAAAGCUCGUCAAAAGGGCGCGCGCCGAACUCCCGCCGGAAGAUUUUCCGAAGUUUGUCGAGGUUAUGAAAAGUGCCGUCAGCGCGGAUUCGUCGGACGUCGCGCUGCACGAGUCCAUGAAAACGCUCGCGAAAUUGUGCAAAAUCGAGAAACGAGGCGUCGGUCCUUCAACUUUGUGGGCAGCCAUCGGAACCAGCUUGGCGUUGAAAGACGCGGCAAAGAAAGCCUACGACGGGUUCGAGGAGAACGCGAAACGGAAAAUGGCAGAGAAAACAACGACGACGGCGGCGGCGACAGCAGCAACGAUUCCACCGCUCGUACAAUCAUCGCAACCUCCUCCUCCUCCAAAACCGAAAAUCGACGCCGGCGUCGAAAAUAUCUUCGGACGCCUCGCGAGACCGCCAAAAGAAGAUUCCAUUUCGGGAGAACUCAAAUCGAUUCUCACCACCAAACCUUCCUCCUCAUCUCAAGCUCCGCAAAAAGCUGCAAAAAAGAAAACCUCGUGCGACCAUUGCAAAGCCUCCAAGUGCGACCGGCCUUUCCAAUCGAUCGUCUGCGGCCACUUUGCCUGUUACAAGUGCUUCAACGCCGUCUUCGCGAAAAGCAGCGCGGAAGCCAAGAAAGCGCCAAACAACAAUAAAAACAACACAACAAGCUCUUCUUCUUCGUCCGGUCCGUGUCCGACGUGUUCGACAUUGGUCACCAAGAAGAGUCUCAAGAAAAUGUAUUUGUAG